ACUGGUCCGAUUCCGUGUCUAGCUGGAUGGGGGACGACGCCGUUGUUACCCUCAUCCACGCUGCUGGACCCGAGCUCAUUCGUCAACUCACCUCCCGUGCUUAUUCGGUCCAUCUUAAGACAUGCCUCCCGUCUUUCCCCUCCGACACACGCCGAGUCUUCUCACAAACACAGCAGUGGAGCAAAGCUCUGUCGAUCUGCUGCUGUUCGCCUCCCCUUGCUCCAGCAUGUCCCUCCCACCAGGCAUGGGGAACGCUAUUGCACCCGGCCAGCAUCUAUGCGGGGGAUAUCCGCUCGAGACCGACAGAGCGCCCUUGCCAAUCAGCAUCACACCCAUUCGCUUCUUUUGCUGCACCUUCGUCGCAUCCAUGUCCGAUCGAAACGACUCCAUCAUGGCCUAUCCUGAAUGCUCACUCCCAAUCCCCUACCUCCUCAACAACUCCGCAGCACUAACAGGUAUCAUCCAUGGGCGAAAAACAGUUGCCCCAAGAGCCCCUCGUCAUUUUUCGACGAAAAGUCCCCGAACGGAAAACACGUUCGGGAGACAUUGCAUUGUCUGCGGGUGGCUAGUGCGGCCGAGGGAAAAAGCAGACGUUCAACGCCAGCGCCACUUGGCUAGGGUGUCGCAGUCAACCGAUUUGCGGAUGCCACCUCUAGAAUCACCCACGCUCCUUCACCAACGACGUGCAGCACACUGGCGGUUUCUGGUAGGUCAGCGUCCUCCACACGCUCCCGUACCGGCCCGACUCCCACGAACUUCUGGAAGAUAUGAACGUCAUGCCCUGCAUCCUUCGGUACCGUUUCCCCCACUGCCGCCCAAGCAUUGUCGAAUGACGAAAUGUCUCUUUUCACUCUUCGAUUCAACGCCUCAAAAUUGCCGAAGAAGACUCAGGUAGUCUCGAGGGGCCAGGUACAGGGGGUCCAUCUAGUCUUGAGGAGUCUUGUGCUUCCAAAUGCAGAGAGACCUUUACCGGUGCCGGCGUAGAGUGGGAUCCCGCCCCGGCGUCGCCGGCGUCCGGGCCUGGCCUUUUUCUCGUCGACCUUGAAACUACGUUUUCCUAUUGGA